UGGCGCGGCGCCCUGUUGGCCGCGGCGGGCGGCAAGAUGGCGGCGGCGGCGGCGGGGUGGCGGGUAGUGGUGACGCUGUUGGCGGCGGCGGUGCCGCUGCUGCUGGUCCUGGUGCGGGCCGAGGGCCCGGGCACGGCGCCGCCGCACCGGCGCUUCGAGUACAAGUACAGCUUCAAGGGGCCGCACCUCGUGCAGGCGGACGGCAGCGUGCCCUUCUGGGCCCACACGGGCAAUGCCAUACCGAGUGCAGAUCAGAUUCGUAUCACGACGUCUUUGAAAAGCCAGAAGGGAUCGGUGUGGACGAAAAACAAGUCAAUAUUUGAAUACUGGGAAGUCGAGGUGACCUUUCGCGUUACUGGAAGAGGCCGCAUUGGAGCCGAUGGACUGGCCAUCUGGUUUACGGAAGAGCAAGGCUUGGAGGGUCCUGUCUUUGGAGCAGCUGAUAAGUGGAACGGUGUUGGAAUUUUCUUUGACUCCUUUGACAACGAUGGAAAGAAAAACAAUCCUGCAGUGCUCGUUGUAGGCAACAAUGGGGAACUUCUGUAUGACCAUCAGAAUGAUGGUUCCACGCAAACGCUGGCCUCCUGUCAGAGGGACUUCCGUAACAAGCCCUAUCCUGUUCGAGCAAAGAUAACUUACUACCAGAAAACGUUGACUGUAUUAAUUAACAAUGGCUUUACUCCUGAUAAAGAAGACUAUGAAUUUUGUGCGAAAGUGGAAGAGAUGGUGUUGCCAUCACAAGGAUAUUUUGGAAUUUCGGCAGCAACGGGGGGACUGGCAGAUGACCACGAUGUCCUGUCUUUUCUGACUUUCCAACUGACGGAGCCUGGGAAGGAAGCGCCAACACCUGGCGCAGAAAUUCCUCAGAAAGAUAAAGAGAAGUAUCAGGAAGAGUUUGAACACUUUCAACAAGAGCUGGACAAGAAGAAAGAAGAGUUUCAGAAGGAACAUCCUGAUGUGCAGGGACAGCCAGCUGAUGAUCUGUUUGAAACUGUCAGCGAUCGUGAACUGAGGCAAAUCUUCGAGGGGCAGAAUCGAAUCCACCUUGAAAUCAAGCAGCUGAACAGGCAGUUGGACAUGAUUCUGGAUGAGCAGAGGAGAUACGUCUCCGCAGUCACUGACGAGAUUGCUAAGAGAGGAGCUGGUUUACCAGGGCAGCAAGGACAGGUUCCCCAGCAAGAGAUCGAGACAGUUGUGAAAACUCAAGAAGAGGUCCUUCGACAAGUGAAUGAGAUCAGGAAUUCCGUGGCCGAUACGCUGAAGCUGGUCGGUGGAGCUCAACACCCCGGCUCUGCCGCAGGAGCCUACGAAACAACUCAGCACUUCAACGACAUCAAAGAACACCUCCACGUCGUAAAGAGGGACAUCGAGCAUUUAGUACAGCGCAAUAUGCCACCAAGUGAGAAAACAAAGUGUCCGGACCUGCCACCGUUUCCCUCGUGCUUAUCUACAGUGCACUUUGUCAUAUUUGUAGCGGUGCAAACAGUGUUAUUCAUUGGUUAUAUCAUGUAUAAGAGUCAGCAAGAAGCGGCAGCCAAGAAGUUCUUUUGAUGACCCAUUCGGUUAGUGUGUACGUACCAGUGUAUGCACGCACAGAGAAUCCAAUACGACUUCUGGAAAUGAGGGAAAUCUUAGUGUUUGAUAUACUUCAACAUUGUAAAUUAUUGAAUUUUCUUAAACAAAAGGAGUUCUCACUUCAACCGUUAACGAGGGACUGGGGAGCAGCAGAGCAAAUCCUGGCUGGGGGAAGGCUGUGGACCUGUCUAGGUCUGUGUUUUGAGCUCACUUUCUCAUAAAUGCCGGAAGGCGAGUGCCGUAUUCAUCAUCUUGUGUUCAGAUUCCAGAGGAGGGAAUUGAAACGCCCAGGUUGGGGGUGGCUCAUCAUGAGAAUUGCAGAUGGUAGCUUGCCGUAGCAGUUUGAAAAACCGCAGGAGUGAGCAAGCAAACAAAAAGCACCUCAAACAAUGGUUCUUUCCCAUUUGUUAUAAACAUUUCAGUUCUUUACCACUUGGAUUUAACGGUUUAAGAACUCUUAACUUGAUUCAUGAAAUACAGAUUUAACCACUCUGAUAUGUGGGCACUUUUUGACAGGCCCAUCGCGGUUUAGUACCCGGUACAGAAAUCAAACUGCAGAACAAGCACAGAAAGGCUGAUCUCCUUAUUUUGGAUUUAGGCAGUGAGAAAACACGAUAAAGUCGUUUCUUCAAGUCUCUUGUGGGAGUGAUUUCUUUUUUGUAGUUUCAAGUCUAUCUGUGAUUUUGUUGGGAGAUUUGUGGAACUCUCAGCAGAGAGAUCAUGGCUUUUAUACCUCUUUGAAUCUGAUUUUAUUGAGGAGAUGUUUAGUAUAUGACAAUGUCUCUAGUUCUGUGAUGCUGUCUUGUCUUUCCUGUGUCAAAUAUAGCUGCUUUGGUUUAAAUCUCGAUGUGGCAUCCUAAACUACAGAUGUGGAGUGUUAGCCCGUCCCUUCCCAAGCUGUUGCUUCUGCCGUGGUUCGUUAACCCAGCAGCUACCGUAGAACCAGUGCUGUGUGUCAAGUCCUGCUUUAAUAUCCAAAGCGUAAGACUGAACGGGUGGUUUUGAUGCUGCUUAUUAGGUGAAUAUUUGCUUCGGCAAAGGAACAGAGCAGAACAGCCCAAAUUAGGAAUGCAAAAUGAAUUAAUUUUGCCUUGUUUACGUAUCCGUGGUAACUUUGUCCUUGAGUUGUUUGUGUGGAGUUAGAACAGGGGUUUUGGGGUGUUUUAAAUUCUAUCAAAUACACUAACGGGUCAUGGCGUUUCACUUUUAAUAAUCAAAUCUAUUCGUUAGAAUCUGCAAAACCUAUCUGGAAUCUACCGUACUGCUCCCGUGUUGCUAGUCUGCUCCCUUGGAGUGCUGCACGUGCUGCCAAAUUCGCUGUCGUGAGGAACAUUUCAGUAUUGUGCCUGUCAGUUUGGAGAAAUGAUAAAUCUAUGCAAUAUCUUUUGUUACUUAAAAUACAGUGUCUAAAAUGUGGGUGUCUGUGCGUUGGCAGUGAAAUGAGGCUGCCUGUGCGCUUAGUCGCAUUGCCAGAGGACGGAGCGUGCUGUGUGCGGUGUGGCUUUAUGGACUCAUUCCUAAGGUUGAGAAGAUUUUUGCUGUGCUAAUUGGAGAAGCUGCUGCCUCAACCAAUCUUGUUGGAUAAAUAGGGUAAAUCGGUGGGAAAAGCUUUUUGGAUAAGCCAGAAUAACACAUGGGAAUUUAUCCAUUCAGUUCUUUCAACACCAGCAAAUCCUUACAGGUGCCUUGAGUCGAAGCUGUUAGUACUCAGACUCUUCUGACUAAACCUAAUGUAUUUUCUUAUUUUCUUAUUUUCUUACUGUUCUGAACGGUGUUGUUCCUUUCGAUUCCGAGCCCCCUAACAGAGCUCCCUCUUGCCACAGGCCCUUGAUGCAGAAAGGCUGGUUUUUAACAAGUGUGUGUUCCUCCUGGAAUCACGAGGAACAGCUCGAAUAGGAGGACGCCUGUAUUUUUUAUUACUGUGAAUUUAUCCAACCCUAACUUUGUUUAAAAGCUGGAGCAGCCGCUGCUGCUGUUAGAGGAGAAGGCUGGGGGUGAGUUAACAUCUCCAGCGCGGCUCAGCCUGUGUUUGUGCUGCUAACAGACCUGACACGUGUCCCACGUGCAACGGGAAACUCCUGUAUCGGGGAGCAGGAGUUCUAAAGUGUAACCACCACAACGUGGUAACUCUGCUUCGUGCUUGGAACUUCUCUAACUGCCUCCUCGCAGGGUUGCCCAGCUUAAAUUCUGUCCUCUCUGGGUUUGAAGUGAUAGCAACACAUUUGGACUUUAAGAACAUCUGCCAGUCAGUGUAGCCUCCUGCUCUGGCUGCUGGAAGCUCCUUCCAGCUCUGGUAGCGUUUGAUUCUUGUCAAGUCAGAUUUCAGGACCAGGAGGAGACCUCUUGGAAUCCAGUUUGCCAAUAGGAAGGAGAGCAAGUCUGAUAAUCACAUUAGAAGUGUGGAUGAUAAGCAACAACCAUCUGGCAGUGACAAGAGAAUCACAGUGAUCUGCGUACGUUAAAUAUGUUGUCACACCUGAAAAAUUCACAGUAGGGGUUGUAAAUCAGCCGGCUUCUUGUGGGAAGGAAAUCUGCCAUCUCUCGAUUAUUGUAACUCCCAGGACCGGCUACUGUUCUUUUGAAUUCAAACAGCUUCAUGUUUCUGACUAAUGUAAAUUGGAGUUCAGAGAUAACGUUAUUUGAAUAAAGAUGCAUAUUUUUAGUAAGCUU